AUGAAGGCAAUUACUACCACUGCGGACCAGAUCACAUCGCAGCAGUCGUGCAGUGUUGCCACUCCGCACCCGUCUGACAGCAGCAGCAGCAGCAGCAAUAGAAACAGCACCCGUAGCAAUGGCCGGCACGUAGGUCACAUUCCGUUGCUGUCUGUGUUCGAGUUGCGCACCCCACGUGCUACAGGCAGUGGCCUAUUCCUGCCGCCACCGAUUGCGCUUCUUGCGCCGGGGCGACGCCAGGACCCUGCGGUGACACGUCUCCAGGCUGCAUUAGCCCAGGGUGAUAACACAGCCAAUGCUGAUGACAGUGUCAAGGUGCUGCUGCCAUCGUCGUCGCGGACGACAGUGGCAGCCUCGUCGCCGAGGAACAGCUUAUCACUUGGUUACGAUGAUGAUGCGCCCUCCUCCGACCAGUCGAUCUCAUGUGGUGGAUCUCGGGGGUGCUUCUUUAGAAACACAAAAAGUUACACGGCGUCCACGCAGUACUCACCGGGUUCAUUUGUGUCAAGGGAUGACGACAACGACAACGAUGAGGAGGACGACGCUAGGACGGCAUCAACAUCAGCCGUGUUGCCGUCGGGUUUUAACAUGGGCAAUAACUGUUACAAAAGCUGCUACUGGCUCUCUGAGCAGACAGAAGAGCGACAGGAGUGGCAGCCUAGAGAAGAAAUCAUUAAUAUGCCACAAGCCUCGGUAUUUAGUCGUCAUCCUUUGUUACAUGUACCUCAAAAUGCUGACACCGGCUUUGGUGACAGCAGCAUUUGUGGCCGCGGUGUCUCCGCAGCUACUGCGGCUGGUCACACAACAGAGGGUCAAGACGAUGCUGGGGAUGUGGUGGAGGACGAGUUGGUGGAUGUGCUUUCUCACCACGAUGACGACGAGGUUAUGGGAGUUACUGCGGAGGGAGAGUUCAUUUACCGGCGUGACGUCGCUGCAGACAUGGGGCGACAGCGUUGUGCGUGUCUCUGUCAUUUUUCUGAACACUACCGCGCUGAGAGAAACGAUGGCUACGUGGAGCAGCCCAUUUUUCCCACGGCACCACAGAUGCCCACAGAAAAUACGCUCUUCUGCACACCAGAGAGGAGCGUCUUCAGCACUGUCUUGAGCAGUGCAACGCAGCUCCAGCAGCAACAGCGCGACGGACUCGCCGUCGUUGCGGCAAAUGCGGGCACCACACAGUCCCCAUCACCACCGCCAGCCUGUACGACGAUCCCCGUGUGGCGUGGCAGAGUCAGCGGCAGCAGCAGCAGCAACAACACGAGUGGAAAUACCACUGCAUGGAACAGGAGUGAUGUUGAAUUUUGCUCUCUCCUACUGCGCUACCGUAAUCGCGAGAACACCGAGGAACUGGAGCACCGUGAAUUGGUGGAAGCCGUGGACGAAUGGCGUGACACGCAGCGCCGCUACCCCGUUGAGGCACUGGAGAGGCGCCAGCAGGAGCAGGAGAUGCAUGGCCUGCCCCCGUUUGUCCUCCGCUGGUAA